CGUUUCCUCUUUUCUUUGUUGUGAACCAGCAGCGUCCCCCCGAGAGCCGAGCGGAUCAUCACAACAUCAGCCUCUGAGGACACCGUGGCAACAUUUCGCAACAAUCCGCAACCUCAAUGCGACACACAAGGUCUUCUGAUCAGGAGAUCUGCAGCCCGUGAGCGUCCCUGAAAGACAGAGUCUCCUCCGGCCCCGAAAAAACGGACCCUCCACAUUCGUUCAUGGGUGUGUGAGGAGGCUUAUGCCCGCCGUAGGGUGGCCGGUGCCAGAGGAGGAUGAGUCCGGCUGUGGAGGCUCAGGCCCAGGAAGACAUGGAUGCAGAGCAGAAGCAGAAGCAGCAGCAGCAGCAGCAGCAGAACCAGCUGCAGCACCAGCCGUGCUACAUAGAGAAGGGAGUGAUGCUUGAGCCCUUUGUGCACCAGGUGGGGGGGCAUUGCUGCGUCCUGCGCUUCGGGGAGCAGACCAUCUGCAAGCCCCUCAUUCCCCGGGAGCAUCGGUUCUAUAAGACUCUUCCCCCUGCAAUGAGGAAGUUCACCCCACAGUACAGAGGUGUUGUGUCAGUCAGCUUUGAGGAGGAUGAAGAAGGGAAUCUUUGCCUCAUCGCCUACCCCCUGCACAGCGACCUGCCCACUGACGUCGAGAACAAAGACCCCUCCGCCGAUUGUGAUCCCAAGAGGAAGAUGCUCCAGCGCGGCCAAAUGGUCACGUCCGCACAGAUAUUGGAAAGCGAAAUCUACAGCAAGGACGGCCGAGGCCACCACUUUCGAAAAGGCCAGGACAAGAGGUGGCCCUCGCUGCAGGACUACCUGGAGAUGGAGCAGCCGCAGCAGGUGGACGUGCUCCACUACAGCCUGGAGCACAGUCACAGUAACGCCGCCCCGCAGCUCGAACACAACCCCUUGAUCCUCAAGUGUCAGCAGCAGCAUUUGCAGCGCAUGAAGGAGAACGCCAAGCACCACAACCAGUACAAGUUCAUCCUGCUGGAGAACCUGACCUGGCGGUACACGAUACCGUGCGUGUUGGACCUGAAGAUGGGAACGCAGCAGCACGGAGACGACACCCCUGAGGAGAAGAAGGCCAUACGCAUCCGUAGGUGCCAGCAGAGCACAUCGGCCACCUUAGGGGUCCGCCUCAGUGGCAUGCAGGUGUACCACUCUGACUCUGGCCAGUUCAUGUUCAUGAGCAAGCUCCACGGCCACAAGCUGACCGUGGCAGAUUUCAAAGAGGCUCUGUUCAAGUUCUUCCACAGCGGCCGGCGCCUGAGGCGGGAGCUGCUCUCGCAGGUGCUGAGCCAACUCAGGGAGAUGCAGGCCGUCCUGGAGUCCUGUGAGUCGUACCGCUUCUAUUCCAGCUCCCUGCUCAUCAUCUACGACGGGGAACAGCACAGGAGACACUUCUCCAGCACCGAAGACGGGCUCUCUGAAGGCGAGGAGGAGGACGACAAGGAGGAGGAGGAUGAGGAAGAGGUGGAAGCUGAGCCUAAAAUGGACGAGGACGAGGAUGAGGAGGAGAGCGAAACGGAGGGCGCGUCCGGCUCUCCUCACUGCCCGGCGCCAUCUAGCGACAGCAGCAGCGGCGGCAGUGGGAGCUCCAGCAUCAGCCAGUCCUGCUCGGACCUCCGGAGCCCUGUGGUGGAUGUGAGAAUGAUUGACUUUGCUCACACCACCUGCAGACAUUACCGCGAGGACAGCGUGGUCCACGAGGGCAAGGACAGCGGCUACAUUUUCGGCAUCCAGAACCUGAUCACCAUCAUCUCUGAGCUGGAGAACCACAGCACAGACUGAGCAGUCAGACGAAAAACACAUUCAGGCUCCAAGCCGCGGACUCAGAGCCUCGGUCCCAGGACAGGACUGCUGUAGCUGUUUCUUUACCUCCUCCUGUUUUCACCAUUGGUGCUUUUCUUUUUCUCUUUUUUUUUUUGGUGUUACCAUUGGGACUGGCAGCCAACCAAGAGUAACAGCAAAGAACUGUCUUUGUGAACGUCCCGUUUUAACCACAGUAACCAAUAAGAAGAAGGGGGACGACCGUGGAUACAAAGCCAUUGAAACGUCUAAGAUCAGCAGGUGUUCUCGUGUCAGAUUUCCAAAGAAAGUGUCAUUUUGCACACCCACUGACACACACACACACACACACACGUGGACAUGCUCUAAAAAGGGAGUGUGUGUUCUACCGAAACAGGGAGAAGCAGACGACGGAAAGUGUGAGGAGAGAAGCGGCUUUGGUUCUUCUUCUACAUGUUCAUCCUGCCGUCGUCGUCUCCUAAAGCGAAACAAAUCUCAGAGAGUUGAUAGAGAGAUAUUUAUUUAUUUCAUUUGUUUCAUAAAAUAAACUAAAAAUGUCAACAAGAAAAAAAAAGAAUAUGUAUGGAGGCUAGUACAUUCCAUAUUAUUAAUGUUAAAAUAAUGAUAUUGAUUAAUAUUGUUAUUUGACAUGGUUUGAUACCUCUCCCUCGUUUGUUUGCUUGUUUUUUCCUGUGUUGUCCACGAUUUCUUGGAGGCGAAUUAAAACCUUUGUGGUAGCA